GGAGUGGCCAUCGGAUGUGAGUCUUCCUUCAUUCGCUGUUUCUGUCUGUCGCUGCUGUCGUUGGCUAGGAUUCGCGCGGCACGUGUGGGGUUCUUUGGCGGCGUGUUCUUUUCUUUUCUUCGGAUAAUCGAAAGGAUUUGUGAUUCUACAUAUUUGAUUCUUUUCACCCCUCUCCGGAAUCGUCGGGUUCGCCGACGAAUAUGGGAUUGUUGACGGGCGUGAGAUUUUAUCCUGGCAGAGAUCUUCCGAGUCAAGUGCCACCUUUAACUCCAGGGACCAAUCAGAAAAUGACGCAAGCGCUGGCGGCUAGCUUCAGCAGUUGGGAGAAAGAGAGAGACUUGUAUAAUAUUCUUAGAGAUCCGAGGUUAUGGAACGAAAUGGACGUGACCCGCUGGCUGGACUGGGCCAUUCGAGAGUUCAAUUUAGAAGGUGUGAACGCGCAUAAUUUCAGGAUGAAAGGGAAGGAUAUUUGCUCACUCGGGAAAGAUGUUUUUCUCUCUUUAGCGCCCCCUUACGUCGGAGAAAUACUCUGGGAACAUCUAGAUCGCCUUCAAAGAGACGUCGACGCAGGACGAACGGGUGGAAAUCUGGAAAGCAUCCCUUCCAAUAUGUACGAAGCAGUCUGCAUGCCGGAUUUGGAUGAAUUCUUCCAACACGACCCCUGUUAUGCCCCACUGAGGGAACAGAAAGUAACGCCUGUCAUGAAUGGUACUAAUCCCGCCACGCCAGUGACUGCCAGCCAGCCUCCCUACUUGGACG